AUGGGCUGGACCAACAACAGGCAGACGGCGUUGGCCAUCGGCGACCAGAGCCUCCACGCAGGCGUCGUGCCGGAGCUGGCGGACUACUACUACGUGACGCCGCACGGGUGGGUCCUCCUGGUGGCGCCCGGGCCGUCGCCGCGCACUACCCGCCUGUGGGACCCUCGCACCGGCGAGCGCGUCUCCCUUCCUGCGAUGGAGGGCGAGCUACCGGAGUACGGCGACGACUGGAAGUGCUAUCUCUCCGACGCGCCCACCGCUGCGUCGUGCCACGUUCUCGUACUCGAUAUCCGCAAGCCCAGUUUCCGGUACUGCCGUGUUGGCGGGUGGAAGUCGCACGACUACGACAUCGGCAACCGGAUCCUGCCGCCGCCCGACUACGCGCCGCCGGGGUCGUUGGUCAUCCUGCAGAUGGCCGACGUGGGUGGCAAGUUCUAUUUCGAAGCGGAGGCCGGGAAGCUGGGGGUCGUCGACUUGUCGCAGGCGACGCCGGAGUUGAGCUUCGUCGACUACCCGGAGCCCGAGUUCCCGGAGGGAUGCAACUGCCGCCGGGGGCACCUGGUGGCGUCACGUGGCGAGCUGUUCGACGUACACAUAUGCCACAAGGAAUUCAGCCCCGAGGUCCUGACGGGUGUUCCUGCUGAGCUACCCCAACUCUCAGCUGCUUGUGUCGGCGAGCAAGUACGGAAUCAAGGGGAACCGCGUCUACUUCAAUCACAAUGUAUUGAAGGAGAUGGACGGUGGGCUGCUUUGCAUCUACGAGACUACGACCUGGAUGAGCAGAGCUUGGAGGCUGUGCGGCCGUGCCCAGACAUUCCGGAGCUUCUUCGGAAUCCUUUCUGGGUGCUGCCUACCCAUCAAGAUAUAUAG